GCUGAGCUAGUCGACUCAUUCAUAGACUGAUGGAAAUAUUGUUUUGAAGACAAUGGCACAAUCAACUAGCUCUUCGGCCGACGCGGAGUUUGUUUCUGCUGAUAUGGAGGAAUUAGAGCCAACUCUUAGAAAUGUGAUCGACCAGAAAUCCUUGAGGUGGAUUUUCGUCGGCGGCAAGGGUGGUGUGGGAAAGACGACGUGCAGCUCAAGCCUCGCUGUGCAGUUGUCCAAAGUAAGGGAGAGUGUACUGAUCAUCUCAACAGAUCCUGCACACAACAUUUCAGACGCUUUUGACCAGAAAUUUUCCAAAGUUCCAACCAAAGUCAAUGGAUUUGAUAAUCUGUUUGCUAUGGAAAUCGAUCCCAAUGUUGGCUUCAAUGAGCUUCCUGAUGAAUACUUUGAGGGCGAGAACGACACCAUGCGUUUGAGUAAAAGCGUCAUGUCAGAAAUCGUCGGAGCUUUCCCUGGCAUCGACGAGGCGAUGAGCUACGCUGAAGUCAUGAAAUUGGUUAAGGGUAUGAACUUCUCUGUAGUGGUGUUUGACACAGCACCAACAGGCCACACGCUCAGGUUGCUCUCUUUCCCACAAGUUGUUGAGAAGGGGCUAGGAAAACUGCUAAGGCUGAAGAUGAAAAUGGGGCCUUUUAUAUCACAGAUGGGGUCAUUGUUGGGGCUGGCCGAUUUCAACCCUGAUUCAUUUUCUGGAAAAAUGGAAGAGAUGCUGCAGAUCAUCAAGCAGGUCAACGAGCAGUUCCGCAACCCAGAACAAACAACGUUUGUGUGCGUGUGCAUCGCCGAAUUCCUGUCGCUGUAUGAAACAGAACGACUGGUCCAAGAACUCACAAAGUGCGGAAUCGACACGCACAACAUAAUUGUGAACCAGCUCUUGUUCCCCUUGCCUGGAGAAAAGCCGUGCAGACUCUGCGCUGCGAGAUGCAAAGUUCAAGCCAAGUACUUGGAUCAGAUCGCUGACUUGUACGAAGAUUUUCACGUGACGAAAUUACCUCUGCUUGAUCACGAAGUGCGAGGGGCAGAGCAGGUGAAGAGGUUUUCCGAAAAUUUGGUAGCACCAUACAAAGCAUUCUAAAUCCUCAAGUUAGAAGUUUGAAGAUUGAGCCCAGCCAACUCCGUUUAUACAAUCGAUUUCAAGGACUUAUUACAAACAAGGUUAAAAACAAACAGUAAAGUUGCUAUUUUGCAUGAGUAUAACAAACAUUUUCGCUAAAAAUAUAAUGUUAUGAUUUCAUUGAGAACAUAAAUUUUUCUUAAAAUUCAA